AUGAAGGCUCAGCUCUCUGGCUUGCGCAAGCCGGACGCAAGCACCAUGGAGGCCUUGUACACCAAGUACCAUCAGAUUUGCAUGUCGCAGGAUCCACCGCUGCAGGAAGUGCACGUGAACGAGCCAGAUAUGAACUGGAAAGCCUUGAUUUUGAGCCUUCCUUCUCCAGACAACGAGAAGGUGCUGGGCUGCGGCGUGCGUCGCAUGCUCCUAAAACGAGCUGACUGUGUCUACGACGGCAUUUACCGCUUCCACGUGGAAAGGAGAGAUCUGAGUCAGAUGAUGUUUGACUUCCGGGACGCCUAUGAUGAUCCCUACCAUCAUUACAAGGACAAGUCCUUCAUUCAUGAUGUGGACACAGCUCUGCGUGCCGCUAUCCUCCCACAUUUGGUGCAAUUCAAGGAGCUGCAUUGCAAGGAUAGUCAAAUGGAACUAGUCAGCCACAUCUCGGGCACUGCUCUUCCAUGGGAGAAAGCUGUGGUGCAGCACUUCCCGGUGACGCUCAGAGUGCUGUUAGAUGCAUUCAUGAACGAGAAUCAGAUAGACUUGGAAAACAUAAAGCUCGAGUUUUGUGAGGACCACGGCUACAAGAUCAAAGACCCUGAGCUGAUGGACAAGUGGCGCCUGUUCCACAGAAGCUACGCUCAGUAUCGUAUCAUUUCCACAGAUGAAGCUAUGGAGCAGGUGGCCCGGGUUCUGAAGGAGGUGAUUGAGGAGCGGAAGUCAAAGGCAAAUUUGGAGGCUGGCCGGGCGAAUUACGGACAGGUUCUGCGAAUUCUCAAUUUCCAUCUCUAUGCUAGCUGCCUUCGCACUACGCCGUGUUCCAGACCUGCCUACGCAGCCAUGAUGCUGGGCCUGUCUGACCUCCCAUUCAAGGGAGUGAUGUCUGUGCCGGAACUCUGCGAUGGCAUGACCAAGGGAGCCAUAUGCAUUGGGCAGGACAUCACGGAGAUGAAGGAGCUAGACAUCAAAAAGUCCAACCUGGCUGCGGCUGUGACACAUGAGCUGAGAUCGCCUUUGCAUGGCAUCAUCGGCCUGUCGGAGCAGCUCAUCUCCACAGCAGGCAUGCAGCAGCAAGCACGUCUGUGGCAAUGGUGA